UGUAAGCAUUUAAACACAAAAAAUACUCAUUUACUAAAGGUUCUUGUGUUAUAGUUAAUGUCGAUUUUUAUAUUAUUGUGUCAUUUACUCGAGGCUGUAUGUUCAGUAAGGAACCACAACACUUAUAGUGUACGAAGGAAGAUUUCAAGAUUACGUAAUUAUACUGGUUUUGUACAUUGAAGUCAUGACAUCCUAAGAAUACAUUCAAGGAAUGUUCAUCAUUUAUCAAUUCCAGUUUGUACUGGAAAAUAAUAAAAUUACUGGUUUAUCAUUUGAAGGAUACCGAGGUGAUUGAAAGUGUUGCAAUGACUGUGAAAUUCAGGAUGUUAUCUUAGCACGUAACAAUUUGUUAACCACUUUAUCAGUAACUCCCUAUAUUAGUUACUGUAAUCAGGAAUUGAAAAAGUAAGUAAACCAAUCACCAUUCAACUAAACUAUUAAAAAAAAAGAAACCCUUAUUGGGCCAAUAAUAUAAAAGUACCAUAAGGUGCAAGGUAAAAUAAGUAGAAUAUCAAGUCUGUCUACAGUUUUUGAGCGUCUUACUAAACACUGACCACUGCUCCAGUUUUGAGUAUAUUUAGAAAGAAACCCUACUCAAAAGUUGUUCUUUCAGAUACCAUGCCCUAUUGAAUUAAGUGAGUAGACAAGUAGACAAACCAACUGAAAGAUUGUGAAGCUUAAGUUUUUGAAAAUUGGUGUAAGAUGAUUCUAAAGAUGGAUUUCAUUCUUUGGUGCCAAAUAACCAUCAUACUUUUGAUGCUGUCUAUGAAAGAUUCUGUUUGUGAAAUAAACAGUGUCGCCCUUGUACCACAUGAUAUAAAUGCAUUCGGACGUUCUUCGGGAUGUGCUCUUGUCCUGCGAAGAGUAUUCGUUGAUGGCAUUAGAAAAUCUUCUGCUCUCCCUUACAAAGGUUUCUUCAAUCUGAUUGGACCAAAUUUCAUAAACAACAACGGGCCAGCAGAAGAGAUCUGUAUACGAUACAUUGAUGUCAACUUGGCUUUAGCUGAAGCAAAACGGCGUAAAGGCUACAGGCCACCUCGGACUCUAAACUCACUAGAGCCACAUCCAAAAGAUAUUGGCAUCACAGGGGAAGUAGUACUGGAGACUACCCGAAUUUUGGCAGAACAAUUUCAGUUGACACGUGAUGAAAUAAUCAAUGGUCUUCCUAUAAUUGACACUUCUCGUACUGACAUCUGGGAAAUAUGCCCCGCCCACGUAAAACCUGUUCCAUGCACUAUUGAAAGAUUUCGAUCAUUCACAGGGAUCUGUAAUAACAUCCAACAUUCCAGCUGGGGAUCAACACAUACCCCUUUUGUUCGAUUCCUCCCCCCAGCUCAUCCUGAUGGAAUCUCAGCACCGCGAAUAUCAGUAAGCGGAGGACCUUUACCACCAGCUCGGUUAAUUAGUACUUUCAUUCAUCCCGACUUUGACAACCCUAGCGGUGAGCUGUCAAUUCUCGUCAUGUCCUGGGGUCAGAUGAUUGAUCACGACUUGACUCUAGCAUCCUUACCAAGAGAUGAACAUGACUUGGACUUCGAUUGUUGUGAGAGCUAUAAUAAUCAUCAACAUCCUAGCUGUAUGACAAUCGACAUUCCUCACGAUGAUCCAUUCUACUCUCAGUAUGGUCAGAGGUGUAUGGAUUUUAAACGUCUGGAAGCAGGUCAGAGACCAGGAUGUACUCUUGGACCCAGAGCACACAUCAAUUUAGAUUCAUCACCUAUUGAUGGCAACUUUGUGUAUGGUUCUACUGAAGAGGUUGCACGUAAACUUCGUCUCGGUAAAGGAGGUUUGAUGCGAGUCUGGGAUGUUUUCAGUGAGUAUGGUUUAAAGCCAUUACCUCCCCCUCUGUCAGAGAACCCGGAACGUGAUUGUACGGCGAGACCACGCCACCUGUUUUGUUUUAUUGCCGGCGACGAACGAAUCAAUGAACAGAUACACCUAACAGUUAUUCAAACACUCUACCUUCGCGACCAUAACCGAAAGGCUAUUGAACUUGGGCGACUAAAUCCCCACUGGGACGAUGAGCGUAUCUACCACGAGACUCGGCAUAUUGCAGCUGCCAGUAUCCAAAAUAUCAUAUACAAAGAGUUCCUUCCUAUGGUUCUUGGCGAAGAAAUGGUAAACAGGUACAACCUCACUCUACAAUCAGAGGGUUACUGGAAUGGGUACGAUCCUAACGUUCACAUGGGAGUGGCAAACUCAUUUCAAGCGGCCGCAUUUAGGUUUGGCCACACUCACAUUCAAGGAAUGGUCAGACGAUACAACAAAUUUCACGAGUUUGUUGGAGAAGACCCCCUUCGUACACUUCUAAGACGGCCCUUCAUCGUCUAUGAGCCUGGAAAGAUAGACGAAUUGAUUGGUGGCCUCAUCAAUACCCCUGCACAAGUCUAUGAUCCUUUUAUUACAAUGGAGGUCACGAAUCAUCUAUUUGAAGAACCUCCCGAGCCGUUCGGACAUGAUCUUAUUUCCUUCAACAUUGCACGAGGUCGAGAAACUGGAGUACCAGGUUACAAUGACUACAGAGAAUGGUGUGGGCUGGGUAGGGCUAAGACGUUUGAAGACUUUGAACCUCUACUUAACAAUAAGACAGCUCUAAGAUAUUCCCAACUUUACAAACAUCCCGAUGAUAUCGACCUAUGGAGUGGAGGAGUGACAGAGCGCCGCCUACCGGGAGCUAUGAUUGGUCCAACCUUCGCUUGUAUCAUAGCUCGCCAAUUCGCCAAUUCAAAACGAGGUGAUCGAUUCUGGCACGAGAAUUCUGGUUUCCCUUCAGCUUUCACUGCAGAGCAACUUCAGGAGAUCAGAAAAUCUUCCCAGUCCAAGCUACUCUGUGAAAAUGCCGAUGAUUUACCUACCAUCCAACUCAACCCCAUGCGACUUGCUCACCCCAUCUAUAACCCCAGGAUACCUUGUAAAGACCUCCCUGAAAUUGAUCUGCGUUACUGGCAAGAGGACCCAGCUCAAGGUGGUUACCCUUUCAAGAAGAAGUAGAGCAAAUUAACAUUUUUGCUGAUGACCAUAAUAUUACUUAAGCAGGUGAAAUAAGAAGAAAGAUAUCGUUUCCAAUCAUGUUUCUUUGUGAUCAUGACAAAAGAUCGAGACAUCAUUACCUACAUGUAAAAAUUGAACAACUGCACCAUGUAUAAUUCGUCUUCUCUUACGCGGAAUAUUUUCUUCUGGAAUUUAAACGCAAGAAAUAAUUAGUUCAUUUCCAGUAAAAUGUUCAUUAGUUUAAGCAGUAACAAUAUUGCCUAAUCGCAACCACGCUACCAUCAGUUACUGUAAUGAAUAUUCUGACACAAGUAAAUAUUUAAAACAGCAAUAUUAAAAAGGAUCACCUGAAAUUAUUCCUUUGUCAUUUUAAAUGUAAAGGGUAGAAAAAUGGAGUCGAAGCUAUAGAGUAUUAAUUUACGUCCAUUACGGGAUGGGAAGACACCCAAAGAUAUACCAGUGUCCAUCAGAAACUUCGGAAGCCGUUCCAACAAGUAAUCAUGAUAUGGGAAGUAUAAGUAAUCCAGUCAACUGAACAAGGUUUGGUAUGUAAUAGAAUGAAUGAUUUGGGAAGACUUUACAAAGGUAUCCGCUAUUUUCUUUGGCAGUAAUGCACAUAUAACUCUACAGCAUCAUUAAACACAACAACGAAAGGGUUUGACUCCCACAACGAAUGAAUUUAUUGAAAAGUACAGGAUUGUAGCGCCAAUCUCCUAGUGGGAAGACGAUAGAGGAUGACCAGACAAAAAGUGCGUGUCAUGUUAUGUGUCACAAAUGCAGCCAUGAACUGAGACUCUGGAGUCGGCCAGAAGCAGGCCAAGAUGCGAAUCAUCAACAUGUCUAUUAAGACCAGAGAAAGUUAAACAGAUGAACGAAAAUUGAACAGACACGAAAACAAAUGCAAGGUAGCUGAACAGUACCUCUAAUAGAUGGGAAACAGACUUAAUAUGACCUUAUGCACGUUCAAAUACAGUCCAGUUAUAUUGCAGCUAAAACAUACCAUGCGUGGGUCCAGUAUAUUGCAGCCCCAUCAUACAUGCCUAUCACUGGGCGGUACUACUCAUGUAAAGUUUUUGAACAGAUGGUAUGAUGCCGUACACAUGUUGCACCCAUUCGUUGGCAUCUGGGAAUUGCUCGCAAUCAGUCUUGUUUUAAUACAGUUCGUGAUCACAUUCUUGAUGAAAACUUUUUCUGUAACUGUUAUGUGUAGGAGUGCCAUACGUUUAAAUGUGUAAUGCCACCGAGGAAAUGGGUGUAUCUCUAUUCUGUACUUGACAUGCCAUUAGUUCUAUAGCUUUGUCUCCACUUCCAGAACUAUACAUUUAAUGUGGCACUGAAUUGGAUUUCCACGUCAUCUCUUGGUGAUCUUUACUCCUUCCAUUCAUACAUUUUUAUUCAGUCAUCUAAAAACGAUAAUUUGUCCAACUGAAGUAAUAAACAUUCCUGUUUGUAUUAAAAAGUAAUAGCAUUGCCAUGACCACUUAAGUUUACUGGACUAACAAAUCCCUUGGUAUUUCAUGUACGUAGUGUGAAUCUCUAAAUGUAUCAUUCCAUUUUAAAAGUGAAGUUAUAACGACGUUUUUGAAUUACUUUAAACUGGAUGGCAUUGUUUUGUAUCAACGACUAUAAAAAUGGAUGUGUAGAUUAAUACGCCAAUUCUACUUACCUUUCUGGGACUAUAUGAUACUAAAACUUUUGUGCUUCAAUUUCUCUCUUAACUUAUACAUACUAAUAAAAACACUGAGUUGACUUUUUUUUUAAUUUAAGUGGUGUCGAUAGUAAUGAGUUUUAUAUUAAAUUACAUAUUGGUUAAGACUAAAAACGUGAUAUUUUUCACGCUAACCGAUUGCUCUGUGAAGUAUGUAAAUUAAUAAACUAAAGACUAGUAUGUGAACUCAGAAUAAGCGUUUAUUUCUAUGUGUUAUUAUGGGUCAAUGUGUUACACAUAAAUGAUUGUUUUGGAAAUUUAGUGUUUGUCAUUAAUUCACUAAUUAAAUGUUAUUUUACAUAAUGUUAAUUUGACACUAUUUUGAAUCGAGAUUUUUAUGUCUUUAAAAUCACACUAAAAUGAAACGUUGGCUUCAAAAUAGUCGCAAGGAUAUUGUUUCAUAUUAUUUCUAACAUUUUGGGAUAUAACGGGGUUUUCUUCGGACUUAUAGCUAUCUUCGGUUUCUGAAUCAAUACUUAAUUUUCUAGUAC